CUAAAAAUUUGUAUUGUCGAGGAUGAUGUCGCAACCGUAUAAUUUGUACAAAUACAAACGCAAAUGCAAAUUAUACUUGCAUUCUCCAAGAAAUCGCAAGAGUUGAAGGAAUCAUAUGAAUAAUGAAUUUAGAAAGAAAUCCAGACGUAGUCGCGAGGGGUUGUCGCGGCAUAACAAAUGCGGCUUGCAUUUAUAACAAAUCGGAUAUCGAACGAUGCAUCGUAGAGAGACAAAAGGUUAAGUUAGGUUAUUACUUCCGUUUUCGGAGAGAAGCAAACCGAAGAGAAACUCGACAGACUUAUCGUAAAAUAUUCAUCUCGGAGGAAAUAAUAAUCGAAGAAAUUGCGUAAUAAUCUGAAAAAGUUUAAAAGGAAAGUUUGAAAAUGGCAUCGCCUGCGCAAUGGAAUGCCGAAACUGCGUACGUCUUGACGAUUUAUAAAUAUCUCCUCGGUAUAAUUGGACUCUGGGUGUUGGAUGAAGAAAAUGUAUUCUCGAGGAUCCGAUGGUUUAUAUCGACAAUGGUGGAAAUGACUGCAACGAUCAGCCUAUCACUGGAAGUGAUUCGACAUUGUCACGGUUACGAGGACGCUUUCGAAGCAUUUUUGUCGGCCUCCUCGUCGGUGAUUAGCAUAUUGAAGCUGCUCUUGCAUCGCGUGAAUUGGAGAGACAAAUUGAUUCUGGUACAAGCCAUCGUCCAUGAUUGGACUUACGUCAAGAAUCCUCACUCGCGCGAUAUAAUGUUGAAGUAUGCGCGCACAGGUAGAUUGGGUUUCUCGGUAAUGUUUUAUGUAGGUUGCGCCUCCUGCGUAUUCCUUUUCUCGCUCUUUAUAUUCGCCAAUCUCGAUCUACCUUGGAUUUCCCUGGAACAGCAGAAUUACAAUAAAACGAGCGAAAGAAGAUUGCUAUUAUCGACCUAUUGCGUCUUCGAAACAUACACAUCCCUCGCUUACGGCUUUGUUGAAGUCCUGCAAACGCUACAGAUUUUCGUCAACUGUAUCUCGCAGUGCGGAAACGACGGAUUUUUCUUCGAUCUUACGAUGCAUGUGUGCGGACAAUUCGAGGUUUUUAGGGUGGACUUUGUUGAAAUAAGUAGCAAGCAAUCACUUUCUCGAAAUAAACUUGGCCUUCUGUUGAAGAGACAUCAUCGUCUCAUAGAUCUGGCGCAUCACCUGCAAAAAGCAUACAGCUUAGUCAUCUUGUCGCAACUUUUGAUGAGCGUCAUGCUCUUAUGCAUCGAAGGUUUCCAAUUAAUUCUCACGCUUAGUAUACACAAUAGAUUUGCUACUAUGAAACACUUCCUUUACAUCGUAGUGCUACUGAUACAACUUUUCCUCUACUGUUUCGCCGGACAAACAUUGGAGUGUCAAUCGCAAGGACUCGCCUAUGCCAUUUACGAGACACCAUGGUAUAAUUUUAAUGUAAGCGUGAUAAAAGAUUUUCCACUGAUGAUACUUCGGGCAGCUCACCCUCAUCAGUUGACUGCAGGAAAAUUUUUAGCGGAAGACACACUGGAAUAAUGGUAUGGACUAUGGUUUCCGAACGAUAAGGGUAAUGAUGUGCAUGCUUGGAAUAUGGCCUUUGCAGCAGAACGAUUUGGUUUGCACAUUUCGCUGGAUUUUGAUAUUCAUU